CUGACAGCACGAUCGCUGCCGUCCAUACAGUCUGAUGAGCGACUACAACCUCUGCUUAAUCAUCUCAGCCAUUCUUAUGUGGGCCCAGAUUACGCUGUGCAAAAGAACACAGGAAAAAUUUCUCUAGGUCAAGUUGAUGCUCUUUCUGUGAAAUCAUUCCCUCUUUGUAUGCGCCAGUUGCACAAGGCCCUACGUGAUAACCAUCAUCUCCGUCAUGGGGGCCGUAUGCAAUACGGGCUGUUCUUAAAAGGCAUCGGCUUGACUCUGGAACAGGCACUGGAAUUUUGGAAGAAAGAAUUUAUCAGAGGAAAAGUGGAUUCAGAUAAGUUUGACAAAGGAUAUGCUUACAGCAUUCGCCACAACUAUGGGAAAGAAGGGAAGAGAACUGAUUAUACCCCAUAUAGCUGCAUGAAGAUUAUCAUGUCCAAUCCACCAAGUCAAGGGGAUUAUCAUGGGUGCCCAUUCCGCCACAGUGAUCCUGAGCUAUUGAAGCAGAAGCUGCAGUCAUACAAGAUCCCUCCCAGUGGAAUAACUCAGAUCCUGGAAUUGGUGAAGGGCAUGCAUUACCAGCUGGCCUGUCAGAAGUACUUUGAGUUGACACAUGAUGUUGAUGACGUUGGGUUUUCUUUGAGUCAUCCUAAUCAGUAUUUUACAGAGAGUCAAAGGCUGUUAAGUGGUGGUAGAGAACUAAAGAAGGAACUAAGUAAUUCAGGAAACCCUCAACAAAAAAAUAAUAAUCAGGAAGGCAUGAAUUCAAAUUCUGCUCCCACCUCUUCAAAUGCAACAGCUGAUGCAGAACUGGAGGGCCUGGAUGAAUACUUCGCUGAAGACUAA